AUGGAUCCGCCGGCGACAGCUGGAACUUCCCUCCCCGAUGCGGGUGACCUGAACAUUGGUUCUUUUGCACAAGGCUCUACAGCACUGGACCUCGUCAGCGGACUAUUCGCCACGUUACAGCACAAAAUGCCAGGCGUUGGUUCCGAAUGGAAUUCGACGCCAGAGCUAAAAACACGUCAGUUCGUCUCCAACCACACGCGAAUCGCUCCCUACAAACAACUGGAGGGCUUCCAGACGAGAAUGAAAGGAUGGCAAAGAGAAUACAUCAAAGAUGUCAUCAAGGAAGGGCACUAUCCAACCGAAGAUGAGCUCCGAGACAUCGAAGUGAAAUGCGAUCUCAGUCGAAAGCAGGUAGAAGAUUCGUCUUGCGAUUCAUUGCGAAAGCGUGUCGGCAACCCGAACCGUAAGCCCCGAGAUGGCCGACUGCCACCAGCCACUCCUGAGGAAAUCCAGCAGACGCUGGAGAAGUUUCAACGGCUCUUCAUCGUAAUCUGCGGCCGUUAUUAG